CAGAUUGAGACGAGAACGUUGUGACUAAUCGAGUUAGCUAUCAUGUAAUUUAAAGCGAUCUGGACAAUAUAGUUAGCUAGAUAGUAAAUAGACAAUUUAAAAAGUAAAGCGAGAUACGUCUGAAUGUGAAUUAGAGACACUUCUACGGACAAUUCCCUUUAAUUGUCUAUCUAACGAAGAUGGAGAUGCAAGGACGACUUUUUAAAGAUGCCAUACGGAUUAAAUAGUUGAUUAUCGUUCAAACGUCAUUGUUCUCGAAGAAGAGAACGAUAACAGAAAGAACCUCUUGCUUGACACGGAGGACGUGAAAUAAUUGUUAUUGUGACUUAGAAUUCUAUUAACAUCGGAAGCUCUGCGUAUGUGUUUAGAGAAAAAAAUAAUGUGUACAGUAGUAUGCUCUUCGUAACUGACGUGUUAGUUAAUAAUUUUAGAUAUGUAAUAUAGUGCUUUCUUGCUACCCAGAUAGCAGUCUGUCUGCAGACAUUAGUGGUAGCUAGCUCGCUAGCAUGUUUGCAAGCAACAAAGGACAAUAUGACGCCUGUCAAAGAUGCAGCAUGUCCCUCUCAGACUAGAUAGCUAGGUGUCUGUAUGUGUCUGGUGGUUGCAAGCUAAUUAUCAAAAUUAUUGGCAUCAUGUAGACUGUCAAGCAAGAACGCUUUGAGCUGAACCAUUGAUGGCUACUAAGUUGAAGGUUUCUAUCUUUGCGGUGCAAGUAAACUAGGUAACAGAGUUAGAAUGACACUGACAGCUGACAACGGUGAACUGUCAUUGUGUAUCUUCGGAUUGUGACUUUCUUCAAAGACCGCUAUCUCGGAUUGUGAAUGCUACAGCGUGAAGCACCUCCAAACCUUGGCAACUGCGCUGGUAACCCACCGAAUAAUUUGAGGCUUCCUGCCUCCUUGAACGUGAUCAGUUGCAUCAUAUCCUGGCUUGUAUUUAUUACUCAACCAGUAAGUCAUAUCAGAGCAGGUGAAAUGGCAUGCAAGGAUGACUGCCAGUCACUAUGGAACUGACCUGUCUUGUGUGAACAUCACAAUAACUGGUAUUGCUGUUUGACAGCAAAACAGGCAACGUUUAGAGGUGGAUGCUUGCACCAGGAUUCGUAAGAGCAUCAUUUGCCUACGCGCAUCGCUAAAAAGGAUCCUUCUUGAAAGAAAAGUGUACCUCCUUUGACAAUGGAGUCUGUGGGAGACUUCGAGUACAGCAGGAAAGACCUGGUGGGACAUGGAGCUUUUGCUGUGGUUUUCAAAGGAAGGCACAGAAAGAAGACUGAUUGGGAGGUUGCCAUCAAGAGCAUUAAUAAGAAGAACCUCUCGAAGUCCCAAAUCCUGCUUGGCAAGGAAAUAAAAAUCUUGAAGGAACUUCAACAUGAAAAUAUUGUGGCGCUUUAUGAUGUCCAGGAAACACCCAACUCUGUCUUCUUGGUCAUGGAGUAUUGCAACGGUGGCGAUCUGGCAGACUAUUUGCAAGCCAAGGGGACCCUGCGAGAAGACACCCUGCGGGUCUUCCUGCAGCAGAUUGCAGCCGCCAUGCGCAUCCUGAACAGCAAGGGGAUCAUCCACCGCGACCUCAAGCCCCAGAACAUUCUGCUGUCCUACAUGGGCCGCAGGAAGUCCAGCAUCAGCGGCAUCCGCAUCAAAAUAGCUGACUUUGGCUUUGCACGAUACCUCCAGAGCAACAUGAUGGCUGCCACACUGUGUGGGUCCCCCAUGUACAUGGCCCCAGAGGUCAUCAUGUCCCAGAACUACGACGCCAAGGCAGACCUGUGGAGCAUCGGGACGGUCAUCUACCAGUGUCUUGUAGGGAAGCCCCCCUUCCAGGCCAACAGUCCCCAAGAUCUAAGGAUGUUUUAUGAGAAGAACAAGACUCUGCAGCCCAUCCUCCCAAGGGAGACAUCUCCUCCCCUUGGUGACCUGUUGCUAGGCCUGCUGCAGAGGAACCAGAAGGACCGUAUGGACUUUGACAUGUUUUUCAGCCAUCCUUUCCUAGAUCCCUCAUCCACCAUAAAAAAAUCGUGUCCGGUUCCAGUCCCCAGCCACCCUGGUGCUGGGACGGUUCCCAGCCACCCUGGUGCUGGGACGGACAGCUCCUGUGGCAGCUCACCCUCUGUCCGUUACAACUCUCCACCCUCUCUCCCGGACAUGCAGACGUUGCCUGAGGACGGCCUGUCGUCGCCCCCCCUGGGCCCCCCCAGUUACCUGCAGCUGUCUAAGGAGUCUGGAGGCAGCACCAGCAGCAAGAACUCCUCCAGCGACACAGAUGACUUUGUCCUCGUACCACACCUCUCUUCAGAGAACUACGACCAGCCAAUGGGAGUAGUGGGACGCCGGCCAUCCAGCGAGUUCCUUAUGUGUGGAGGGCAGCCACAGUCCGCCACUGGACAGACCCCCAUGGUGUCUCCGCGGGCUGAGACAACCCCCAUCCCUGUGCCCACCCAGGUGCGCAACUACCAGCGCAUCAAACAGAACCUCUCCAGCAGCCCGACCACCACACUCUAUGGCUCUCCCAGGUCUGGCACAGUGAGACGCUCCAACACUAGCCCCAUGGGCUUCCCAAAGGUGGGCUCUGGGUCCCCCAGCUCGGCUGACAACGCCCAGACAGUGGGGCGACGUCUCUCCACAGGCAGCUCACGCCCUUACUCGCCCUCUCCUCUAGUGGGCACCAUCCCGGAACAGCUGGGCCACUGUUGCUGUGGACAUCCUCAGGGCCACGAGUCCCGCAGUCGCAGCUCCUCUGGAGGCUCCCCAGUGCCGUCCUCCCAGUUGCUGGGGGCUCGACUACAGAGCUCCCCCACCCUAACGGACGUCUACCCAAGCAGGCAGAAGCUCCACAAGCAGCUGUCAGACCCCAUCCAGCCCACCGCCUCCAACUACCCACCCAGCCACUCGCCCCAGUUCGGACGUCCUGCAAACCUCGGCACCUCCCCCACCAAGCACCUGGGCUCCUCCCCGCGCUCCUCUGAUUGGCUGCAGAAGUCCCCACUGCCCACCAUCAUUGGCUCCCCCACCAAGACUAUCUCGGCUCCAUUCAAAAUCCCUAAAACCCAGGCGUCCUGUAAUCUAAUGGCCCUGGCAGACAGCCCCACGCCCACCAAGACCCUGGCAGACGCCCGGGACAUCUGUGCCCACCAUUGCACCCCCUACCCCAGUGGGCGCCAGUCUGCCCCCGAGGCCAGCAGAACCACCUUUGGAAGGUCUGUCAGCACUGGGCGGCUUUCUGAGCAGCCAGUUAGGAUCACGCUGGGCGGACAGGCAUAUCAGGGCAGCACAGACAGCCUCAACACAGAACGACCCAUGGAUACAGCCCCGGCAGGACCUUGUGGGCUGGCUCAGGGCGGGGCGGCGAGUCCCCGGACCGUCCUCUUCACCGUGGGCUCGCCCCCCAACAGCAGCACCCCCCCUACCUGCAGCCACCUGGGCACCCGGCCACGCACCACAUCAGUGGGCUCCAACAGCUCUGCAGGCUCCCUGUGCUCCACCAGCGGCCGUGUGUAUGUGGGCUCUCCCCCCGGCAUGGCCAUCGGCACCUCCCCGCCAGGUGUCUCCGGGGGUUCAGGGGCCGAGGCCGGUCCCAGCAGUCUACGCUACGUCCCCUACGGCACCUCCCCGCCCAGCCUGGAUGGCUUCAUUACCUUCGAGGCCCCGGAGCUCCCAGAGGAGACCCUCAUGGAGCGGGAGCACACAGAUACCCUGAUGCACCUGCGGAUGAUGCUGUCCUUCACGGACUGUGUGCUGGAGAUCGCUGCUGUCCGAGCCGGCGGGGCCGACCUCGGGGUGUCUGCCGCCUCCCUCUACCCCCCUCAGGAGAGCGUGGUUGUGGACCAGAUCAGCCAGCUCAGCAGGGAGUGGGGGCAGGUGGAGCAGCUGGUGCUGUACAUGAAGGCUGCUCAGCUCCUGGCCUCAUCCCUCCACCUGGCCAAGGCUCAGAUCAAAUCUGCCAAGCUCAACCCCUCCACCGCUGUCAAGCAAGUGGUGAAAAGUCUGAAUGAGCGCUACAAGAGCUGCAUCUCUCUAUGUCGACGCCUCACCGACAAACUCAACCACUUCUUCUCCGACAAGCAGCGCUUUGUGGACGAGAUCAACAGCGUGACCGCGGAGAAACUCAUCUACAACCAUGCCGUGGAGAUGGUGCAGUCUGCAGCGCUGGAUGAGAUGUUCCAGCAGACGGAGGACAUAGCCUACCGCUACAACAAAGCUGCCAUGUUGCUGGAGGGCCUGUCCAAGAUCCUCCAGGACCCAGCAGACAUCGAUAAUGUGGCCAAAUACAAGGCCAGUGUGGACCGACGGAUUUCAGCCCUCUGCUACUGCACCGUCACGCUGUAUGAAUAGCAGACCGCAGACCACACACACACACACACCGAUGGGCACCUGUCACAAGCCCAGAGGGACCACUGUUUCCCCAGUUCUCCCCCCUCUCCACACACACAGACAUAGACACACACAUACAGUACACACCCACAUUAUCUUUCUUUGUAGCAGACCAAGCACUUUCUUUUUAUCCUGUUCAUUAUCAAGGAAACCCACUCAGCAUAUAGUAUUACUCCUGUGUUUGCAUCAUGGACUCAAAGCCAAGAGCGAGAAAGAUGCACAAAACUCAUUACCAAAGAUGAAAACAGAUCCUGAAACUCAUUGAGGCUUAAACCAGAUAUGGACAGGGUGUAAACGCAUGGAUCCUCAUGUUGCUUGACCUUAAACACGAUGUCUGUCAACGUCAACAUUCGGAGGAAAGACCACCAGAUCAAACAAAUGUCACAUUUGUCCUACUCUGGAUUUUGUCCCUUUUUUUUUUCUUUUCAUAAAAAGACUGGCCAGAAAGUCUGACUUUUUGUGGUCCUUGUGACUUAACCAGUCUAUGAAAUGGACCCUUUUAACACAAUUUGCUAUUCUUAUUAUAAGGAUUGUUUUUACUCUGGA